CGGGGCUCUUUUGCUGUAACACAUAAAACGUGCUUUUAUGUACCAGCUCUAUCUGCAGCCCCAGACGGUAGUCGUUUCCGAUUCUCCGGACACACUAACGAAAAUCCGCACGUAUAGCUAACUCCGCCACAAAUGACGGCCACCUCGCCACUCAGAAACCCUUUAAACACCAUCACAACCACCACCAAAGCAAGCUCCGCCGCCAAAAGUCCAAAACUUUCAUGUUUUCUUCAAGUCAACAGACCAUCAAAAUCCAAAAUUCUGACGGUUAAGUGCGAUAAUAAUCAUCCUCAAAAUUUAAGCUUAAAAUUUCUAUCGGGAACUGAUCACAUUAUACAAAGUUCCUCUCUUUCACUUUCAAAAUCAGUUUCAAUGGCUGCCGCGUCAGCACAAGAAUCAGCUUCAAAAACCAUGAAAAGAGUCUGCCUUUUUUACUGUGACGAGACGAAAGCUUUAGCUGAGCGUGUCGCCGCCGAGUCAGACGCCAUUGAGCUCCGGGCAAUCACUUGGAGGAAAUUUGAGGACGGGUUCCCCAAUUUAUUUAUACCAAAUGCGCAAGCUAUUCGAGGGCAGCAUGUAGCUUUUCUCGCAUCAUUUAGUUCACCACAAGUGAUUUUUGAGCAACUUUCUAUAAUUUAUGCAUUGCCCAAAUUGUUUAUCUCUUCUUUCACUUUGGUCCUUCCUUUCUUUCCUACUGGUACCUCUGAGCGUAUGGAGGAUGAAGGAGAUGUUGCUACUGCGUUUACUCUUGCUAGGAUUUUAUCUAACAUACCCACUUCAAGAGGAGGCCCUACUAGCUUAGUCAUUUUCGAUAUUCAUGCUUUGCAGGAGAGAUUCUACUUUGGCGAUAAUAUUCUACCUUUCUUUGAGAGUGGAAUACCUUUGCUUAAAAAUCGGCUCCAGCAACUCCCUGAUUCUGACAACAUAGCAAUAGCUUUUCCUGAUGAUGGUGCAUGGAAACGGUUUCACAAUCAGUUGCAGCAUUUUCCCAUGAUUGUUUGUGCUAAAGUUCGGGAAGGUAACCAAAGAAUUGUGCGUAUCAAGGAGGGGGACCCUCAAGGAAGACAUGUUGUAAUUGUUGAUGAUUUGGUUCAAUCAGGUGGCACGCUUAUUGAAUGCCAGAAAGUUUUAGCUGACCAUGGAGCAGCAAGAAUAAGUGCCUAUGUCACUCAUGGAAUUUUUCCUAAUAGGUCAUGGGAACGCUUUGAAUUUGAUAAUGGAGGCCAUCCGGGGAAUGGGUUGACCUACUUCUGGAUUACAGAUUCUUGCCCAUCCACAGUGCGAGAGGUGAUGAAUAAACCACCGUUUGAAGUUCUUAGCCUUGCCAGUUCCAUAGCAGCUGCACUUCAGAUCUAAUAGCAUCUAAUCAUCUCCGACAUAAAUUACAAGCGGUGGAAAUUGUUGAUAUUUGAGUUUUUUGGUUUUUGUUGUUAUUUUGCCCUCAAUCUCGUAGUUUUUUAUUUUGAUUGUAAGUAAACAUCCAUAAAAAUUUGGCAUUUGAAAUUUCAUGGCUGCAGAAUGUAAAUUCAUUUGAUCCUCGGUGAAAUAAAAAUGUUUUUGCCAGAGCAUGGAAACGUCAUACCUGGAAAAACUCUCAUA